AAGCUCCAACGGUUAACACGCUUCGUGUGCCUCUGAGGAAAAGCAUGGUGACACCCGACGUAACCAACAUGCGAAAGAAACUCCUGUGGAAAAUGGCACUCCAGGGCCGCCGUUUCAGUUUACUAUAGUCAAACUUACGGGUUAAUUUGCCACCCAAUUUACAACUGGGAUUAAUGAGAGUAAGUCAAAUACACCAACAAAAAAUGAAAGUGAAAGAGGGCUCAAAGCCCCACAGAAAAGAAUGCCCCACCUACUACUAGUCUUCGCUAAGCGAUUAUAUCCUUUUCAAUCGUUGUUGCCAUUUACGUGGUAUGUCCGGUGUCCCAAAACUGAGAACUUUAAAGAAAACUGGGCAGCGACGAACUGGCUCGCAAAACGCGUGACAUGCACCUUAUCCUACCCCAUCAACCGCUAUAAUAAAACACUUUACACAUUAUACCAUGACCAGGUCCACCUAGCUUAUAAACUGUCCUGCAUUUCGGUUAGCUUACUUAAAGUUAGACGAACGAGUGAAAGAAGUCUACGAUGUCGGGAAGACGCUUUGUUAUUAUUGCAUUGUCUCCAGCUUUACUUUUUGUUGCCGUUGCGGAUAACUGCGAGUCUUACACAGACCUUUUAAAUGUAAAACACUCUGUCCGGCCUUGUUUGGAAUCUGAGUUCUGCUGUGGUCAGUGUUCAAACCGAUACUGCUGCUCCAUAAAAGCAUUUCAACUGGAUGACGAUGCACAAGAAAAAUGUCCACUAAGAAGAGAGAAGAGAGAGAGCCCUAAUAUGACGAUUGCUAAGAUAAUCCCCUGCGUGAUGUUCUCCUUGUUCUUCACCCUGUGCUUCUGCAUGAUGUGCCCCCGAUGCUGGCUCUACAAAAAGUGCAGAAGCCCCAUGUUCACAGGAUAUGUGACCGAGCUGCCACCAGGCCAGGCGCACCAGAGGGGCGCAGAACCAGGGUACCAGCAGGUGCCGGUUCCUGUGGCCAGGGUCCAGCUUAUCCCCGCAGCUGCAUACCAGGCACAGCCCUAUCCCCCAGCAGGACCACCACCUUCCUAUCAGGAGAUAAUGAUGGCAUACCCACCUCCCCAGGCGCCUUACACCCAAGCCGGGUACAGCAUGGGGCAGCCGGCGUACCCUCUCCAGCCUCUAGCCCAUACCAGCUACCCCCCUGCGCCUCCCGUCCACAUGGACUACACCUCCACACAGCCUCCCUACAACCCAGCUUUCGUGGACCCUCCCGGGACAAGUCACUGAGGGGAUCAUUAGCACCCUCUUUCAUGUCUGUCCCAGUUUUGACUUUGGAUCUAUUUCUGGUAGAAUAACAAAGUGGCAGAGCACAACCAGGAAUGUUCAAGGGAGGGGAAGUUGUACCCUAGAGUAGGCUGCUUGUCCCAUGAAUUAGAAAAGAUUUGAAACAGUGUUGUAAAAACAGUCUACAAAAAUAGGCAAAAAAUAGGCUAUGAGAGGACUCCCUCACUACCGGCCUACCUACACCCAAAAACAUAUCCACAGCAACUUUCCCUCCCUCCCGGCUAUUUAUUUAGCUACAUGGGUGCAUAGAGGAGUCGUGCCACAGGGGCAUUGGCCCUUGAUGAUUGGCUCCUGCCAUGCCCCUCCCCUGUCACUCACUAAUUUGUCACUCACAUAUUAUUGGCUAAUGAUAAGGUUGGCCCCCCUAUAUGAAUUAUGGCCCCUCUUAUACCCCUCACUUUAAAAAAUACUGAAGUCUCUCCUGAUUAGCUGUCUAGCUCCUACUUUCAAUCACAAGUCUGCAUUUGGACACUCUGUUGAGGGCUAAAAUCAUUCUUAAAAUAAUCAAAAGUUUGAGACAUGAUAUUAGAGAACAGUCUAUGAAUCGGUUCUGUCUUUAAAGAUAGAUGGCUGAGGUCCAUUUAUUCAUGAUGUUAUUGUCAGUAAAAUUUCUGUUUAUAAUGUCUGCAUUUUCUUGUGCUGCUCCAUUGUGGCUUUUUAAAAGGAAAACUUGCUGGUAAGGAUCAUGAGGUUCUGGAGGGAAUUAGUAUAUGAGUCAGGCAGUGGUGGUACUGGGCAAUGUAAGGCUUACACCUGCAUGACUGUACACAUUUGGACAUGUUAAGUGUAAUGGAUUGGAGACUCUCUCCAUAUUUCAAACACUGAAGGGACUGCUGCUUAAAAACAUGUUGUAAAUAAAAGUGUGAAUGGAUAAAAUGUAAACAGUACAAUUAGAUUGCUGGAUGUAGCAUUGAUGACCUCACUGAAAGCUGAAAAACUUCAUGCAUCGAGGCAUACAGGUGACGUACUGUAGUGUGUGUUUGAGCAGCCAAUCACACCUUUAUGCAUCAAAUAAAAGGUGUCAGCAAGUUAAUAAGUCUUAAGUUAAGUGGUCUUAAACUUUUUUUUUACUUUUGGUGUGUUGUGUCUAGAAAUGCAUGUUUCGUUUGCAAUAUCUAUGGCAUCAAUUCCAGAAGGUAAAUCACGCAGGGUGAAUCACAGCUACUCGCAGGGUGAAUCACAGCUACUCGCAGGGUGAAUCACAGCCACUCAUAGGGUGAAUCACAGCCACUCGCAGGGCAGAAUGAAGCCACUCCACUAGUCUUGUCGUUAAGCACAUUAUAAAUAAACAAAAAAUAUGCUGCGUUUCCCUGUCAGUAUCAAUAAACAACUGGAUACAGUUAACUAUGCAUAAAGUUAUUUUAUUUAGGUUGUAGUAGAUGCAUGUAACUUGAGUUGCAAGUAAUGUGUUACGUAUUGUAAUUAUAAACUGGUUCACAGCUAAACUCAGACGGCUGCGUUUGGAGAAGGAAAAGGCUUUCGGAAGCAGGGACUGGGAUGGGUACAAAGGCACAAAACACAGGCUCAGCAAGGCGAUGAAGGCGGCCAGACGCCUGUAUCCCAAAAGAUUGGAGCAGCAAUUCUCAACCAACAACUUGGCUUCCGUUUGGAAAGACUCCGCAAAUCACCACCUACUAAUCCAAACCCCCCCCCCCCCCAACAACCUGAGCCAUGCCACCGCUGCCAAGACAAGAAAUCACUCCAUUUUACCUUAUAUACCUUAAAAGUACAUAUUGUUUCGUAACAGCCACGCGUAUCUCUUAACAUGGCGAAUGCAUACUUGCGUACCAGUUAUGUGCACCCCUGAUCAUAUGUAUAGUAUACUGCAUAAUAAAAUUCUAUCAUCUAUCAUCUUUAA